ACGAGUCAGCAAGACUACAACGUAUCGACCUUCAUUUCCUCGUGAAAAAAGAAAAACGCGCAUUUUUCGAUAGACCGGCCGGGCACGGCGGUUUUCUCCCACGGUCAAGAUGUUUGACCCUAACGCGAUGAACAUGCAGGACCUGACGACGGACGAUGUCAGCCGCAUCAAUAAGGCGAUGAAAACCGAGCAAUUCGGGAAUUUGAUGCAAGAUUAUCUGGACGAAAUCUCAGACCCGAAAAACCGCGACGAGUAUGACCAUACGCAUUGCAAAAUUGUCGUACUUCUACCAGUUCUAAGUAGAAACUGCAUAUACAAUUUUUUUGUGCAAGAUGGGAAAGUGCAAAAAUUUGUCAUGCCGAUUCAGGUAAGCAACGUGAUUUGUCGUGCAGCAAGCUUGUAGGACUACGAGUACGACAUUUUUGCCAUGCAUAGUCCAGUACAUGGAACAGCUGGAGGAAAAGGGCGAAAUGCCCGACGGGAUGGAGCUGCUGCGCUGCGAGCCGGGUUUCUGUGUGAAAACCGAGGUGCAGUUCAAGAACGGGCAAACGCAGAAGUGCUACAUCAACGUCUGCUACAGUAACCUGCUGAAAGACGUGGAAAUGGUCCAGACGGAGGGAGGUUCGCAGGUAUCAAGUAAAAAAAUGUCUGGGUUUGGAAAAGUGUAAACUUGUCAUGCAGAUUUUGCAUGACCCAUGAGGUCCGGAAUGCGGGACAGCAUGACAGACUCUGCGAGGUCUCUGCCAUGCCUUUCCUGCAUGAGAAACUCGCCCCUUCCAACUUGGGCAAAAGGGGACAGCUUUUGACACUCAUGCAACACAGAAUCUUGCAUGCUUCAGAUUUACCAUGACAAGUUGCCUCCUUCCAGACCACCCAGACAUAUUUGCAAUUGAUAGCAGGUUUCCCUGCCCUAUUCCCUCUCGCCCCCCAGAGUCGACCAAGACUCGAAGAAGGCGACCUGUCUGACCUGCGACUUUGGCGUGUCCGAGAACAGUUUCGCUAUCAAAUGCAAAUAUGUCUGGGUCUGGAAGAUUCUAAACUUGUGAUGCUGUCUCUGGAUUCAAAAAAAAAUUGUAUUGCAUGACCAGAAAGAGGACUCCAGUUUGUGCUACGCGGAGAAGGCAUUUCUCAUGCGGAAUAGGCAUUGGUAAGCCUUCGAAAAAUCUGGGAUGCUAAAGCAUGCAUUACAGACAUUAUGGGUCAUGCAAAAUAUGCAUGACAAACCUGGCAAUCUUCCAGACCCAGACACUUUUACACCUCAUAGUCGCGCAGUGCAAGCAAAAUCCGGACUUUUUGCGCAUGAUCGUGGACAUCGCUACGAAGAAUCUGUUAUGCAGUGCAAAAGUAUCGUACUCGUACUAAUUGCAUUUAUGCAUUACAAAUCUAGUUCCUAAGGCAAAUCCGCAUUACAAAUUCAAUUUGUAGUAAUGCUGAGCCAAUUUGUAUUGCAAUUUAUACUUACUAGUACGAUAGUACUUUUGCACAGGAUAUCUGUCGCAAAAUUUCCUUAAGGGCUUCGAGGAGGUGAAGAACGAUUUCAAGGUGAUGAAAAAGAUCCAGUGCAAGGGCGGCAAGCCCUACAUGAUGUCCGUGCGAACCGCGGACCUGAAGCAGGAAAAGAGGAAGAAAAAGAAGAAAAAAGCGUCCGAUCCGAAAAACGACGGCAUUGUAUCCAACUGUACAGGAAUGAUGCCUUUUGGGUCGAAGUUGACGUUGGAUUUGGGUUUGUGUCUGUCGGCGUAUAGUGCAUUGUGCUGCGCAGCACAUGAGCAUUUCCUAGAAAUAGAGAUAAUAUGUGAUGUAGGCGUACACCUAAAAUACAUUCGAAUUCCGAGCUCCCCCCUCGAAGACCUAAAAAGCAUUUGCAUUUCUCUUGCACACGCCACGCCCGGGGAACUGAAGGAGAUGAAAAAGGACGCCACGAACUAUCCAAGGGAACAAACUCGUCAACUGGAUGUUGAAACCGUCGUGGAAUUUGUAAUGCAAUUUUGUCAUUACACAAGCGUUUGCAAGCCAAGCGCAAGAACAGGAGGAGAAGAAAAUUUUCGUUUCUGUAUCAGCGUGCGGCCACUGCUGCAAUGCAACAAAUUAAAAUUCCGCUUCGACGCUUCCUUGUUUCAGCGAAAAGACGAAGAGUUUCCCGGGAUACGUAACGACUGAAAAAUAUGAUGGAUGACGAUGACGACAGCGGGGAUGAGGAGAAAGGUAGUAUUUCGAUUUAUUUACUUUUGCUGUCGUCCAUGCAUAAGCGACAAAUACUUACUUUCGAGGCCACGCGUGCAAGCGCAAAAUAUGUGAUAGCAGAAAAACAUCAAACAAAGAAAAUGCAUCACGUUAAUCACAUCAGAUGAAAAAGAUGCCCCAGAGGAGCAGACCAAGAAGAUUCGAGUCCCGCAGCACAGCCUGAUCCACCAGGGGGAGCUGGAUUUUCUCGAGUUCGAUAGCAUACAGAAGGGCUUGUACCCUGACGAAAAACGUCUCCAGCCGAUAGUCAAGAUGGGGAGUAUGCAACACGAACACAAACCUAGACGUAUUGGGACUCACGCAUGACAAGGUCUUGCAGACCGUAGUGGAUUGCAAGCUAGCAAGGACAUGUGCGAAUACAGAUCCGUCUGCUCAUCCUGUUUACAGCAUUACAAAUUCCAAAACGCGAUUCUUGGAAAAGCAUAUCUUUGGGAUGCGCAUCAGAAAUGUUCCUGAUAUUGCAAAUCCGCAUGGCAAAUCUUGGGUGGGGGCGUUUUUACACAGGAUAGCUUGUCCCAGCAAACCAUCCCGCCGAGAAUACCGCGGAACCUGAAGCUCGUGGUGAAACUGCCCGGGAUUGUAUCCCAAGAAAACACUGUCUCAGUCUCAAAGAACCUCUGACUCGGCAAUACAAAUUCGCAAAGCAAGGAACGAAAAAUGAUCUGUGAGGCGUUCAGACAGCAAGAGAAAACACAUAUUGAGUUGAAAGACUGCGCUCUACUUCCAGCUGCAGCAUGGCACAAAACAGUCUCAAGGAAGUUCCGCAUUUACAACAAGUUUUAAGACUAAGACAGUUUUUUCUCCUCGCGAUAGAUCAAUUCCGCGAGUGAAAUCGAACUAGAUGUGCAGGCAGAUAACAUCGUUUUGGAAACGCAGUAUUUCUACCUGGACUUACCGCUCCCGUACGUGAUUCUGCCGGACGAUGGGUCCGCAAAAUUCGACAAGCCGAAAAAGGAACUGCAGCUGGUCUUGCCCGUGGCGGUGAACGAGGAAAAUUUGAAGCGCGCCCAGCUAUGCAGUGCAAAAAUAUCGCACUUCUUGUCGUACUAGCUGCAAUGUUCCAUGGGAGAUCUACCUGUGUACUACCUGUACGCUAACCAGAAUUUGCAAAAUCCAUUUUUCAUGUUCUCCCGAUUCUGUGUGAGAUGCAAAUUAUCUUCACUAGUGCGCUGAUUGUUUUGCAAUGUAUACCAACCAGUAUCAACCGAAAGCCUGUCCAACUACGAAAAGUACGGCAUUGGGGCCGUAGACGGGGACGAUGACAUCGUGAAAUCUGAUGACGAAGAUUCCCUCGACGGGCUACCGCCGCUGCCGAAGGAAGAGGAGGACAAGGAGGACGAGAGUGGUGGGAACAAAACUGCCGAUGACGGAGAGGUAUAAAGGAAGUAACUGUAAAUUUGUCGUUAGGUCUUAAAAACUUCUCAGCCUGAGAUUAUCAGUCACAGUCACAGUCGUGUGGAGGUAGCCCUAAAGGAACUGACUCCUCCAACUUGGUUGUUUAUCCUCAUAGAUACCUGCUUGGCGGUGGAAUUAUGUCUUUCGCCCCGGUCCCCUGCGAUGUCUUUUCCUACGGAGUUACUACAGGCUGGAGCCGCGGAUCUAGAUCGGUCUACAUCCCGUCGGCAAACGGGAUGUAGGUUUAGGCCGGCGCUUAAGGCGAAAGUGAAGACGUUCACUACCAGCAGACCACCAGAUUUCAAAAAACGAAAUACUCCGAUCCCUCCUACCUCUACGUCUGCCUCUUCCCAUUGCCCUCUAUCCAUUUCCAGUUCAAAUAACGAUCGCAAGUCAAAACAAGAUCUAAGUUCAUCUAGUUUUAAGUAGCUUAAUUAGUUAGUUUUGGAGGUUAGUUUACUUCAUUGAAUGCUUUUAUUGUUGUAACUCUCUUAUGAUCAGCACAAGUCACAAGUCGUGAAGAAGUGGUUCUUCAGACAGUAAGUACAUUUACGUAUUUUCAUCAUCAACCCAGGGAGCAGCUGCAUCGUCGGCUUCGUCAUCGACAACGGCGGAGGGUAGCAGUGCCGGCAAUGCUGGUCGUGACGGAGAAAGUAAAACCAGUUCCUCAUCGAGUUCGUCCUCUACAUCGACACCAUCGAAGCCCAAAAAAGACGCCGAUGACGAAAUCACAUACGUCAGUCCGAGAAACAAGUCCCUCACGGCGGUGGAAGAGUUUAUACCUGCUAGGGGCUACUCUGGUAUUAUAGAUACGGAUGAUACAGCGCAGUGUUGAAGUUCGUCGUUGUUUUUUGACUGAGAUGGCUCGGCACCAUGACAUCAUUUAUGCCGCGUUUUCGAUUUGAUUAUCUCACCCCUCUCAGGCUCCCGACCCGGGUACUACUUCGGCACCGGGAGAAAAGGCACCGGCUACUACCGCGACCUAGUGCAAGGAGAUGGUGUAGGGUCAGUUGGUAAAACCGCGAAAAAAGAAGUGCUCUUCAAGCCGGAAAGUAGAACGGGAAGAGAAGUAGAUGCUGGGGGUAAUAAAAGCUCCUCUUCAGGUGGCACAACAAAAGAUGAAUUUUUAGUCGAGGAAAUAGAGGACGGGAGUAGCACCAUAGCAGCUUCGAGUGGAGACAAGAGUAAAACAGGGUCCUCCUCGUCUUCAUCAGGCGGUAGCAAGUCGUCGGGCGUCGAGAAAAAGCGCUCGUUAGCGGACGAGAACUAUCCUGUGCAAAAGUAUCGUACUCGUAUUGCGAUCAUGCAUUACAAUUUUUUUCUGAAAGCAAAUCCGCAUUACAAAUUUUAUUUCUCUUGCUGAUGAAAUUUGUAAUGCAUUUAUACGAAUACGAUACUUUUGCACAGCAUAAGAACGCGGUGUUGCUGAAGGACAUAAAGCCCGAAUAUUGCUUUCACAGCACGAUUAUCAAAUGUAAAAAUGUCUGGGUCUGGAAGGUUAGAACUUGUCAUGCUAAAUCUGAACGAUGCAAAAAUCUGUGUUGCGUGAGUACCAAAAGCUGUCCGCUUUUGACGAAGUUGAGAGGGAGUGUCUCAUGCAGGAAAGGCAUGAUAGAGACCUCAAAAGAUCUGUCGUGCUGGGUAUCGCAUUCCAGACGUCAUGGGUCAUGGAAAACCUGCAUCACAAAUCUUGCAUUUUUCCAGACCCAGACACUUUUACAUUUGAUAACGAUAAAACAAAAUCUUUUUGCUGGAGGAGUAAAAUCGUCUACUUCUUCAUCCACUUCUUCUGCCGAUGAUGCUAAAGAGGCCCACCUCCACCACGACUCGAGUAGUCCGUCGUAUCAGGAGAUCAAAGACGAUUUCCACCACCUGGAAACCAAAACGCAUUUAAUCCUCAUCCUGCCGCCGCCAGCUGAACAACAGAAUGUCGAAGGGACCACGAUCGACAUUGAAAUCGAAAAUGCGAGCAGCAGAUAUUACAAUAAAAAAUGCCCCCACCCCAGAGCUUCUUGGGAGCAUUUGUAUUGCAAAACUUUCCAAAAGAAACACUCGCCCUCUUGCAUCUAUCAGCGUCACAGAUCUCCAAUCGUGAAUUAGCAAAGAUUUGUAUUGCAAAAGAUCCCAGCAAGACUGGCGCUUGUCAUGCAAGCGAGGCGAUAUACGCCUAAACUCUGCAUCAGAAACUCCUACUACAACUACUCCUUUCAUGCAUGACAAAAAGUUUUCAUUUGGAAACUUCGCAUCACAAAUUUUUGCAAAUUUGGGAGUGGGGGCGUUUUUCACUGUAAUAGCAGAAUACUCGAAUUCUGCCCGCCGAACGAAGAGUCCGCCGGCCAGUUGUCCGUAUCCUGUGCAAAAGUAUCGUACUCGUAUAAAUGCAAGUCAUGCAUUACAAAUCUUGUUCCCAAGGCAAAUCUGCAUUACAAAUUUUAUUUCUCACGCUGAGGAAAUUUGUCAUGCAUUUAUACGAGUACGAUACUUUGCAGUCCAUAAUCCGCCCAGGCGAGCAAGAUCCACUUAAAAAUUCGAGUGUUUGAUGUUCAACAACAUCAUGAUGAUCUUGGAGGAGAUAGAAGUAGUACAACAAGUCUUCAACGACCAAAAAUCUGCUACUUUCACAAAAACCUGUCCCGGCCGUUUCUGAAAUACAAACCGCAGCAGCACUUCCACUGGUAUCGAACCGAGCACGGGUUGGUGUGUUUGUUCGAGAAGGAAGAUGUGGGGGAAAUCGUAAGCGACAGAAAGUCAGCGCUUAGCUUCACCGAAACGGAGGAGAAGGAAAAAACCUGGCUGCAGAUACUGAUUAAACAGAACCAGGAAGGGAAAACAAAGGAGGGACAGGUCGAUAAGACCUCAGGAGAACAGGAUACAUUACUGCCAGGCGAGGAAGAAGAAAGUGCGGGUAAGGACGAUACGACAGCGAAAGUGUUUCUCCGCAGCGAAGAGGGGGAUACCACUAUGGGGCACGCGGUGCUGCUGAAGAACCGGUUGUUUUUUGAAUUGAUGUAAAGCUUGAAUAAGUAUGAUGUAAAUGUAUACUUACUACCUUUUACUGGGGUCAUUAAUUAUGUGACAGGUGACUAUAGCAUGCUGAUGCCCACUACUUUAUUUUGGAGCAUAGCUAGUUUCGUUUUUCUUUUUCUCUGAAAUAAAUUAGGGUUUUUGAUGAAAUCUACUUUUUCAAUUUGAGUUUCUUUCGGUUUUCUCCUGCAGCAGCAGCGCAGAUGAAAAUGCAUCGUACUGCAUUUCAGGAGCUGCUCCACCCCCGAGGAUGAUCUUUAGAUUUAGUAUUGUCUCGGCUCUAGAUGAGCCUAGCGCUCGUUCACUAUGAAAAGACACGUUAGCAACCCAAUAUAGCAUGAGUAAGAAAGAGUUGGAUCUUCUUCACGUGCGCUGCCGACGGUUAAAAGUAGGCAAGCAGGCAUUGAUAUCGAGAGAGGAUCUGCUCGUGUAGCUAUUAAAGCUGCAAAUAUCAAAUUGCGAUAGUGUAUUGAAAAGUAGGAUCAUUGGAACAAGCGAAGAAGUUCUUCUUGGGUAAAAAAAAGCGCUAGAAUUGCAACCAUGAUUUCC